AUGUCUGGCGGCAUGCACCACCGAUUCCACCCGAAGUCCCGACGCGGGCACCCAGACCUCGAACCCGAUGUGCCCACCGUGCUUGCUCCCUCCGACACUGUCUCCAUGACUGGACGACCGACAGCAUCGGACGCCGCCAGACCCCUGAGUGUCCGCUCAAGACAGAGCGGCACGCCACAAUCCGAGCUAGAGGGGCAUCCUUCCCUUCCAGCCUCGGCCCCCGAAAUCUCGCAUCUCCCUGAGAUGCUUGCAUCCCCAGCCAUGCCGACGCGAGUGGGUUUAUCCCAGUCGGCACGAGACAGCCCGGCUCUGCCGGAGAAGCCGUCCUAUGGACGAGAGAACUCCUUGAUCGAUUUGGAUAUUGCUGCUGAGAGCCAGUUCGAAGCUCAUCAGCGCAGUGGAUCUACCGUUCCGGUGAUUUGUUCAUUGGUUAGUCAGGAUCAAUCUGUCAGCGACCAAGAAACCGUCGCUUCACAGACUUCCACAACCAUGUCGCGCGCCAUGCAAGGCAUGAGUGUCACGGAAUUGGUGAGCUUUGCGCGGCGCCACCAGGCUAUUGCGCAGGAAGCUUUAGCUGCGGCCGCAGAUCGUGAUCUUAGCUCACAGGGCAGUGGACAGGAUCCGUACGAGGAUAUUGAUUUCAGUCGUUUAGAUGAUAGAAUGGCCAACUUUAAUGAACAGAUAGUAAACAGUGAGACGUCCCCCGUUCCGUUCUCGUCCUCCCUUCAGGUGUUAGAGUCGAUCUACCUGUCCCCAGCCCAAGUCAGCCCGGCCGUCCCCUGCGAUGUUGGCCCAUCCCAUCGUUCAAAGGACAAGGGUCCUGAUCCUCGUAACUGGGGAGGUCUGUCGGACCAGUUGUCUGAGCAUGAUCUUGAUGCUCAGCGCGCUGCGUUUGCGAACUUCGAUGAGAUCAGAAAACACAUGAAGCAGGAGGACAGUUACUUACCGCCGUCUGUCUCGGUUCGGCAUGACAGCCGCAGAUCUCUGACCACCAUCUUGUCGGAGCAGAAUUUGAAUAUGCAUAAUGGAAACGCCUCUGGGUGCGAUGACCAGAGCAUUGAGGAACGUUUUGUUGACUUGCAGCGCCAAAUUGACAGCCUGCAUAGAGCUGUGACGGAAUCUCGGGCCUCGACGCCCGUUAAGACGCUGAAUGCCAAGGACAAGCGAGCUGAAAGCUUGUCCCAGGCCCAGACUUGUGACAAUCAACCCAAAAACGAAGUCGAAAAGAGAAGUGAAUUCGAAGACUGGAGAAUACAACCAAGUAGCUACAGUAUUUAUACCCAAAUCCAGUCUGAGUCAUAUCUACAACUAAUGAGUCAUAGGGCUAUGUACCGCAUGGAACGCUGGUCAUGGGUCGUAGUAGAACCUUCUGGAGCAUAUGUCGCGCAGCCUCGAAUCGGUGAAGAUAAUCCCUGGAACCCCUAG